AUGUUUCCCGUAGAGAUGGAACUCCUGCGUCGUUUGAAAUCCAACCCCACGAAAAGAGAAGACGUCAAGGAUCGUAAGGCAAGCUUAAAGAGAAACAGCGCAUUAUGUCGACUAGAUCCAUUUAUCGACAAAGAGGGACUCGUAAGAGUUGGCGGACGAAUCAAACGCGCCGAUGUCCCCUUUCACGUGAAACACUCCGCAAUCCUACCGAGAAAGGGACACAUUACAUCCCUCAUAAUCCAACAUUACCAUCAACGAGUCAAACACCAAGGCCGUGGAAUCACCCUGAACGAGAUUCGCGAGGACGGGAUUUGGAUCAUUGGUGCAACUUCUGCAGUGGCCCAUCAUAUCGCCAAAUGCGUCACGUGUCGGAAGCUUCGUGUUACCGUAUCCGAGCAGAAAAUGGCCGAACUUCCCUACGAUCGAUUGCAACCUGCGCCACCGUUCACCUUCUGCGCCGUUGAUUACUUUGGCCCGUGGCAUAUUAAAGAAGGUCGGAAAGAGCUAAAGCGGUACGGCGUUUUGUUUACUUGCCUAUCAUCUCGGGCGAUUCAUCUCGAGACGGCGAAGUCGUUAGAGACGGAUUCCUUUAUCAACGCUCUGCGUCGUUUCCUGGCUCGACGCGGACCCAUUCGUCAGCUCAGAUCAGACCAGGGUACAAACCUAGCAGGUGCUCGACGCGAAUUGAAAGAAGCCUUGCAAGAGAUGGAUAAAGAGAAGGUGCGAUCAUUCCUACUGGAAAAAGAAUGCGACUGGUUCGAAUUUCUAAUGAACGUGCCCUCCAGCAGUCACAUGGGUGGUGUAUGGGAACGGCAGAUAAGAACGGCGCGCAACGUUCUGAAUGCCCUCCUCCUCGAAGCGGGAACUCAGUUGGAUGAAGAGUCACUGCAAACGUUCAUGUGCGAGACAGAGGCUAUUGUAAAUAGCCGUCCCCUAACCGUGACUAAUCUUGGCUCUCCUACCGACGCGGAACCCUUAACCCCAAACCACCUCCUGACAAUGAAAUCGCGAAUACUACUCCCACCACCCGGCGAGUUCCAGCGAGCAGACAAAUAUCUAGUGAAAAGAUGGCGACGAGUCCAGUACCUUGUCAACCAGUUCUGGUCGCGUUGGCGUAAGGAGUUUCUCAACACUUUGCAAGGAAGGCAGAAGUGGAGCAACCCUCGUAGAAACUUGCGUGUAGGCGACAUCGUUCUCAUCAAGGAUGAUAACGCGCCUCGAAACCUUUGGCGAAAGGCUCGCGUUGACGAAGUUUACACGGACGAAGAUGGUUUGGUGCGAAAGGUCAAGCUUAUUGUGGCAGAUCCUCUGUUGAACGAACGCGGAAAACGAAGUCGAGUUGCGACCAUUUUGGAACGUCCUAUUCAGAAGCUAGUUGUACUUCUUAAAGUCGAAGACACGGAGAACGUUGAAGAGUGA